CCUGUAGUCUACUGCAAACAAACGCCCCGACCCUUGCUCUCUCCUUCCCAAACGCCAAGCACUCCCCUUUCCUCCUCGCCGCCGCGGUCCCCCCAGCGCCAUGAAGCGCCUCUUCAGACGACUCUCGCGCGUCGCCGCGGCCGACUCCUCCUCCGCCGCCACGGCGUACCGCCAGCUCCGCCCGGCGAAGCAGGCGCCGUCCUCGGCCGGCGGCGGCGGCGGCGGCGCGCGGGUGCCGCAGGGCCACGUGCCGGUGUGCGUCGGCGAGGAGGGCGGGCCCGUGGAGCGGUUCGCGGUGCGCGCGGACCUCCUCGGCCGCCCUGCCUUCGCGGCGCUGCUCCGGCGCGCCGCCCAGGAGUACGGCUACGGCCACCCCGGCGCGCUCCGCAUCCCCUGCCCCGUCGCCGACUUCCGCCGCCUCCUCCUCCGCCUAUCCUCCUCCGACGAAGAGCCCUUCGCCGCCGAGUGCUAGGCGGCGCCGCCCUUCCUCGCCUGCCGCUGGAGAUUCUGCCCUUGAUUGUUCCCCCUUCUGACAGAUUUUAUUCAUCCCCAUGGGCGGGCGCUGGGCAGAAUUGCGGUUGUACAUACAGAGGCAGGCCGAGGAAGAGCAAGAGUAGCUGGCUGAUGGAAGCGAGGACAGGAUGGGGAUUUUGGCGAUUCCUCCUAGCCUACAGCUUUGUAGUAACUUUUUUUUUGGUUUUACUGCAGGCAUUAGUAGCUGAAUGCGAAGAACUACUGGGUGUUCCUUUUUCGCCCCCUUCUAGUUCUAGGACUUUCAGUGUGUGAGGAGUUGAGAGUGAGUCUGAGUUUGUGUUGUGCUAGGGAUUUUGAGGUAUUCAGUGUUUAACCAUACAUGUUAUCCUGAGGCUGGUUUCAAUGCCAUAUUGUUACUGGAGCUAGUAGUAACAUUUAGCGGUACGUUAUUUGGUGUCAAUGUGUCAUUUCUCCAUCUUCUCUAUCCAUUUCGAUUCACAUCGUGCA